AUGCGGUCCGUAAACCCUGAACCGCAAACGCCGCAACCUCCUUAUCCCCUCCACGAAAGCGUGAAAGAUAAGCUUGAUCCAGAAUAUGUCGAGUUUUAUAACAAGUACAUUAUCAAUAAUCAGCAGGUCCAUUAUCAGCCAGUCGCGGCUUCUAGAACCGGCGGGACGCUGAUUCCUGGAGGCGGACCGGCACAGCCUGUUGGGAAGACGGAGGAUUUCGCAAUCAAGCGGGUUGAGACUGAAGGACCAGAUGUUAUGGUGAGAUGCUUCACGCCAGUUGGAGAGACUCCAGAAGGUGGCUGGCCGGUCAUGAUAUAUUAUCAUGGAGGUGGAUGGGUAUUGGGGAACAUCAACACAGAGAACGUCGUCUGCUCUCAUCUAUGCAAACGCGCCAAUUGCGUUAUUACAGGUCUGUCCGUCUUCUCAAAAGCCAUCUCCACUUUGAAGUAUUCAAUGACUAACAACACCGUACCGACCAGACUCGCACCAGAAGAUCCUUUCCCUGCCGCAGUCCACGACUCCUGGGAAGCAGUCCUCUGGGCCACAUCGCCUAUCGGCCAAAACGUCCUGAAAAUCUCUUCCUCUAAAAUUGCCAUUGGGGGAUCCUCCGCUGGGGGGAAUCUCGCAGCAAUCAUGUGCCACAAAGCCGCGCGCCUCUCAAAUCCAAUCGUCUUCAAAACGCAACUCCUGAUCGUGCCCGUAACGGACAACACCGCCUCCCCAACUACCAACGCUACCUACCUCAGUAACGAAAAUACUGCUGCUCUCCCAGCCGUAAAGAUGCUCUGGUAUAGACGUCACUACUUGCCUAAUGAGUCUGACUGGGUGAAUCCAGAAGCCAGUCCGCUGUUAUAUGCAGAUCAUUGGGAUGUGCAGCCAAAGGCACUGGUCUUAGUAGGGGAGCUGGACGUCUUGAGACAGGAAGGUGAAGAUUAUGCUAGUAAACUACAAAAUGCAGGCGUGGAGGUUGAUUUAAAGGUUAUGAAGGGGAUGCCGCAUCCAUUCUUAGCGAUGGAUGGGAGUUUGCAGGCUGGGAGGGAUGCAAUCACUUAUAUGUGUGAGGCGCUGAAGAGUGUAUUCUAG